AACACACACACAAACAGGGCCCCAUCUGGUUCAAGUGAGGAUAGGGACCGUCCUGAGCUGAACUCAACGUUACAAAUAGGAGCUGCGGCAUUCCAAGUGGAGCAGAGUGGAGGUGCGCUACACCGAUGAUAAUAUUGAAUAACGCAGUCGAGCGGAGACGCGGUUUUACACCAAAGAGGGAGGAAAGCGCUUCUUCCUGAAUCGGACCAAAAAUACGUUUGGAGACGCGGAGAGGAGUCAUGCGCACCGGCGGAGAAAACUCAUCAUUCCACUGAGCAGGUGGCACUGUUGCUACAUUCCCGACAUACAGACAUCCACAGAGUUCAGUGAGCCCUGAGCACCACACAGCGGCACUCAACGUUAUCACCAGCCAGAAAUUGAUCAUUCACACCCCUGACAGGCGGGAUGUUUGAGGAGGAGUCCCAGGAGAUGAGGGGCCAGCAGGACGUGGCUGUGCUCCGUGCCAUGGAGUCACCUCCAGCAGAAGACGCCGCUGGAGCAGGGCCUUUGUCCUUCACUGAUGAAGCUGUGUCCAUCCUGACUUCCAGUAGCCUGUUGGCCCGUUCGCUGCUGGGUCGCACCUCAGCCGUCAAACGGAAAGAAAGUCCUUCCUCCAGCAUCCGGCGCAAGCGCGAGUUCAUACCUCAUGAAAAAAAGGACGACAGCUACUGGGACAAGAGGAGGAAGAACAACGAGGCGGCUAAGCGUUCGCGAGAGAAGCGGCGUGUGAACGACAUGGUCCUGGAGAGUCGUGUGCUGGCUCUGCUGGAGGAAAACGCACGUCUCCGGGCAGAGUUGCUGGCUCUGAAGUUCCGCUUUGGCCUGGUUAAAGACCCCUCCAAUGCCCCAAUAUUGCCCCUCACUACAGCUCCUCAUCAGACUGCUCAGCCCUUGACUCCUCAGUAUUAUCUCCAAAGAGGGGAUGGAGGCCUCCAAAGCUCCUCAGCACCACAUCCCAACAACCAAACAGGCCAGCUGAGCAGCAGGAGCUCCAGGGAUGCUGGGAACAUGUCGGAAGACUCGGGGUUCUCAACUCCCAGUGGGUCCAGCGUGGGCAGCCCAAUUUUCUUUGAAGACCGGCUAAGCGACCAUGGGAAAUUAUCCCCACACCUGGGGGAGGAGUUGGGGUAUGACCUCCAUCAUUCACCUACCGAUGUCCACCACACUGCAGGGCUCACCGGAGGGAAGAUGGAUCACCCAGAAGCAAUGAAAAACCUUCCUCACAAACUACGUUUCAAGAUCCCCGGAAGCAGCGACGGAAUUGAAGCUGCGGGAGAUAGCAGCAGCACCAGACGCAGCCCCACGUUCUCUGCUGCAGGACGAGACGCUCUGAGAGAGAAAGGACUGAGCGGAGGUGAGGCAGGAGCAGGGCCCUGUGCUGGCUCCUGGAUGCAGCAUAUCGAGGGGGAGGAGGGCAGGAGGGGGAGACAGUCCCCUCAAUACAGCGCAUCGACUGCUGGCUACAGUCUCCAGCCUCCUCCCACUCAAGGACAACCUGAGGUCCAGUAUCAGCACGAGAACACUUACCUGAAGUGUCAGCUAAACUCUCUGAGCGAGGAGGUGGCUCAGCUGAAGAAGCUUUUCACAGAGCAGCUCAUGGCCAAAACCAACUGAGGACCAAUCCUAUGAGUCAGUGUUUGCCGAUGUCCAGGCUUUUAAUGACAAAGGUUACUGUGACAAAGCUGGACCGUGCAGGUGUUCAAAAGGACUUUCAAGUCUAGCUUACCACAUGUUGUUUUUAUUUCAGAUAUUAUAUUAUAAUAUAAUAAAUGUCUCUGACUCUCAUCUCAUAAA